AGGUGUCCGAUAGAUAAAGAUAAAAGUAAAUUAAAUCGAAUGUGAAACGUGAGUUGUUAGUGAACCGCCGUAGAGGUAAAACGUUGAAGAUGGUUGAGGUGGAUCUGUAUGCUGCUGUGGCCAUCGGCGCCAUAGUCCUGCUGUUGUAUCACUAUGCAGCGAAGAAGUACGAAUACUUCCUGACGAAACCGAUUCCGGCCUUGAAGCCGACGAUGUUUCUCGGGAAUACCGGUCCGAUGAUGUUCCGCCGACGGGACGUGAGUUCACACGUGAAGAUGAUCUACAAAACGUACGAGGAUUUCAAGGUGGUCGGUUUCUACGAUCUGAUGAAGCCGAUCUACAUGCUUCGCGAUCCGGAAGUGAUCAAGCAAAUCGCAGUUAAAGACUUUGACUAUUUCAUGGACCACACGCCGACCAUGACGAACAGCAACCCAGAGGAUGAGGUCGGAGGGGAAAGUCUGUUCGGAAACUCACUGUUCGCGCUGCGUGGACAGAAGUGGAGGGACAUGCGGGCGACUUUGAGUCCGGCCUUCACUGGAAGUAAGAUGCGACACAUGUUCGAGCUGGUGGCAGACUGUGCCAAGUCAAUGUCGGACUUUUUCAAGGCGGAGGCCACUGCAGGGAAGACGCUGGAAUACGAAAUGAAGGAUACGUUCUCGAGAUUCGGGAACGACGUGAUCGCUACGGUGGCAUUCGGGAUCAAGGUGGAUUCGUUGCGUGAUCGUGAAAAUGAGUUUUACAUGAAGGGCAAAGCAAUGCUGAACUUCCAAUCGCUUACAGUUCUGGUUAAAGUUUUACUGUUGCGCGCUUUCCCAACUUUGGGAAGGAAACUUGGAUUGGACUUUGUGGACUCCACGUUGACGGAGUACUUCAAGCAGAUGAUCGUGGAUAACAUAAAACAGAGAGAUGCCCAUGGAAUAAUGCGGAACGAUAUGAUCCAGAUGCUGAUGGAGGUUCGGAAGGGUUCUUUGAGACAUCAUAAGGAAGAAAAGGAAACGAAGGAUGCUGGAUUUGCCACGGUUGAGGAGUCAAGCGUUGGAAAAACGACUAUCAACCGCGUAUGGACAGAGAACGAAUUGAUAUCGCAGUGUUUCCUGUUCUUCGUGGCAGGAUUCGAUACGGUGUCUACCUGUAUGACAUUCCUAACAUACGAGCUGAUGCUCAACCCGAAAAUUCAACAUCGUUUGUACGAAGAAGUGAUGGAAACAGAAAAGUCACUGAACGGAAAGCCAUUGACCUAUGAAGUGCUGCAGAGGAUGGAAUACAUGGACAUGGUCGUAUCGGAAGCUCUGCGGAAGUGGCCACCAGCCGUGAUCUCCGAUCGGUACUGUGUGAAGAACUACAUGUAUGAUGAUGGAAAUGGUACAAAAUUCCUUGUGGAGAAAGGACAAACAAUGUGGAUCCCAACGAUCGCAAUUCACAACGAUCCCAAGUACUACGAAAACCCGGAAAAGUUCGACCCGGAACGUUUUAAUGAAGAGAACCGUUCGAAGAUCGAUGCCGGAGCUUAUUUACCAUUCGGCGUGGGUCCUCGGAACUGUAUUGGCUCUCGGCUGGCUCUGAUGGAGGUGAAAGUGAUCAUCUAUAACGUACUAAGAGAUUUCAGCUUGGAACCGAGCGAGAAAACAGAAGUACCAUUGAAAAUGUCCAAAAACUUCUUCGUAUUGCAGGCGGAGAACGGUGUCUGGCUUGAAUUGAAACCCAGGAAGAACUAAGCCGUCCUGAUAAUAUAUGUUUACCCAAAAAAAAUCCGAUAAGCCUCCAAUAUUUACUUUGAUCACACCCCUACAUCCCCCUUAUCUAGGUUGAAUUUUGACCCCACGCGUCUUCACAGCCAAGCAGCGAUAUCUAAUCAUGGUCUAUUAAAUACCGUUCCCCCCAUGUAAACAGGUCUCAGUCGUUACCGAAAUGCCGCAAGUGGAUCUGUUCACGGCUGCGGCCAUCGUUGCCGUAGUCGUCCUACUCUACCAU